AUGAGUCAUUGUUUGGAGAACAACAACAUUGGAAAUGACGGGGCUCUGCGAUUGGCUACGGCUUUGGUUUCACUUUCCUUCAUAGAAACCCUCAAUCUGUCACAGAACACUAUUGGAGAUUCAGGAGUAAAAUCACUAUCGGCCACGUUGAUAAAUCUACCCAGACUUGACAGGCUAAGCCUCCACAGUAACAUUAUUUGUGAUGGAGGUGCCAAGAGUUUGGCAGCAGUUCUUCCUCAAACGUCUGCGCUCACAGAAUUGGAUGUCAGGUACAACAGGCUUUCAGAGGCCGGUGCACAAAGUUUGGCCAACAGCCUGAAGCAGUGUGUGCGGAUGAAAUCCUUGAGGAUGUGGUGCAAACGCAUUCCUUAUGGGGUGUUUGAAAGACUGCAGCAGCAGGACCACCGCAUUAUGGAUACCUUCUAG